ACUUUUUCUGAACUGUUACUAGCGUGUGCCUUUUGGAAGGAAUUUGUAUGCCUCAUUCUAUCAAAGGUUAUGUUACAAUUUUGAGUUUAGAAAGGUAGGUGGGUUGGAAUCAAUGAAUGAUUGCUUUCAUUGCAAAAUAUUAACAAAUUUCAGCUCUGCUGUCUCUCUUCAUAAUGCUGAAUUCACAAGCUUCAGAGAGUCUGGUAGCUGUACUGAUUGCUGAUCGUAUGUUUCCUGCUGCAAGGAAGAUACUGGUGACCAGCAGAUCAUACUGGGAACUUUACCAUUGAAGGCAGAGUUCCAUACUUCAAAGAGGGUGAAAAUGCCAAAAGUUAAUUAUUGCUUAAAUUGUUUUGUAAAUGGGGAAGUAUAUUACAUAAAUAAUUUCAAAUUAAUGUUUAGCCUUUCAGUUCCCAGUAUUCACUGAGUACUGCUACUGAAUUCAGUGCUGAUAGUUGACUUUUUUUAAUUUAGGAAAUAAUCUUCCAUGGAAGUGCAUGUUAAAAAUAGGCUAGGGUGAGUUGGAGAGGGACUUCAGAGAAAGGAGAUCCAAAUCCUGAUGUGAAAUGAGUACAGAUUUCCACAAGCUCCUUUUUGACAUUUCUGAGGCUUUGGUCACAGAUGAACUCGCUGCUCUGAAGUUCCUCAGCCUGGAACACAUCCCCAUGAGGAAGCUGGAAGCCAUCCAGGAGCCCAAGGCCUUCUUCGAAGUGCUGCAGGAGAAGGAUAUGAUUGAGGUGGGGAGCCUCUCUUUCCUGAAGGAGCUGCUCUACCGGAUCAAUCGGAUGGACCUACUAGCUACCCAGCUGGGCUGCAGCCGAGAGGAGAUGGAGAGAGAGCUUCAGAUCCCAGGCAGGGCAAAGGUGUCAGCCUACAGGCAACUGCUAUAUGGAAUUGCAGAGGACUUGACUCCAGAAGAUGUCAGGAGCAUAAAGUUCCUGCUCCAAAAACAAAUACCAAAGAACAAGCUCCAGGAUAAUGCUUCAAUGUUGAAGGUCUUAGUGGAAAUGGAAAGAAACGGGAUAAUUAAAGAAGAUGACCUGGCAAUGCUGAAAGAUAUAUUAAAGGGAUUUAGAGCUGACAUAAAGAAAAAAAUCGAUACCUAUGAAGAAAAAAAAAAAGAAAAUUAUUCUAAGGAAAAACUCCACUAUCCAGUGUCUGUGUCUGUGCAUACAGCAGAACAAGGAGCAGAGGGGGAGACACCACACCUGCUUGUGGAAUCAUAUAAGAUGAAAAAUAACCCCCAUGGUUACUGUGUGAUUCUUAAUAACUACAUUUUUAAAAAUCCGUAUGAAGCCAGAGAAGGAACAGUGAAAGAUGGAGAGGCUGUGAAGAGGGUCUUUAAGUGGCUUCAGUUUGAGACAGUUGAGCACAUGGAUCUAGAAGCAAAGCAAAUGUAUGCAAAAGUUAAAGAAUACAGCAAAAAAGAUCAUAGUAACAUGGACUGUUUUGUUUGCUUCAUUUUUUCCCAUGGUGAAAAAGACAAAAUAAAAGGCGUUGAUCAUGAGCUUAUAAAUAUUAAAGAUUUACUCUCCUGCUUCAGUGGAUCUAAUUGUCCUUCUCUUGCUGGCAAACCCAAGCUGUUUUUCAUCCAGGCUUGCCAAGGCUCUGUAGGUCAUCCAGCUGUCACAGUAAAAGAAGACUUUUCCAGCCAUCUUGAGACAGAUGCUACCCCUCUGACUUCCAUUCCUGAUCAGGCUGAUAUUCUGGUUGGCAUGGCUACAGUGGAAGACUAUGAGUGCUACCGCUGUACAAAGACUGGCAGUGUUUACGUUCAAUGCCUCUGUGACAAGAUGGAGUUGCUUUGCCCACUCCGCAAGGAUCUCAUAACCAUCCUGACAGAAGUGAACAAGGAAGUGGGAAGAAGAGUAUUAAAUGGAUGGAAGCAGAUGCCAAAGAUAACAUCAACCCUACGGAAGCAAUUGAUCUUCCAAAUUCCACAAUGUUAGUCAACUGAAAAGUAGAAAAAUAGGAAUACACUCAGCUGGGAAUCACAUCUGGAAUGGGCUUCCACAGGGAAGAGAAUUUGCAAGAGAAAUGAUCUGAAUCUAUGUAGUUAGCCCCAGUCCUACCAGGGGCCAUGGGACCUAAAUUUUCCAAUCCCCUGUUUAAUCAGUCUCCUGACACCUGGAUCUGUAGCAGUCUGGUAAGGCCGUGGAGGAGUACAGAUCUGGCUUUCUGUCCUGCAGAAGCAGUGGAGUCUGUUCAGUCUGGGUUUCAAGAGAGGAAGCACUUCUAGAUAGUGUCAUUUUUAAGAGAUAUUGGAAAUGGCAGUGGAAGUCUUAUUUCUGUCCAAGUUGUUGUAAGUCCCUGAAAUCUGAAGAAAAGAACAGAUAGAUUCAGAAUGCUAGAUCCCUUCCCAGGGAGCAUGUGUAAGAUUGUUAACUGAUUUACCCAGAGGUGAAUCGCUGGCUGUCUCUGGAAGCUGUAUAAUUUUUCAUGGAAAAUAACAUCCCUGUCCAGAAGGACUGAAAAGGAUGAUAAUACAAGUUUUGUUCUUUUCCUCCAAAUAUUUAGUUUGCUUUAUAUUACUAAUUUACUUGGCUAAACAGUACUGCUGUUUAGGUUUUUUAAUAGUAAGGGUUCUAAUUGUGUUUUUUCUCAGAGCUCUUAGGGGACUGUUUUGAAUGGCUGUCAGCCUCUGGAAGGAAGGUGCUGCAUUAGAUCCACUGCUCUGAGAUGCCUUCUCCUGGCAACUGACUCUAGCUCCUGCGGACUCUUGUUUCUGUUGUAAUAAAUACUCUUUGUUUCACAUCA